CCGCGAUUUCUUAGCCCUCGAUCUCUCAAAACUCCAGUCGCCCAAUCAACUCAACCGAUCUAACAAUUUAUGACUGCGCAAUCUAUCUUCCUCUCUCAGCCUCUCGUAUCACCGAUUCAUGCAAAUUAUAGUUGCCUAGUCAGUAUACUGUCGGUAUAGAGUCUAUCAUUUGAUCGCACGAUAUAUUCAUCUUUUCUACCAUUGCAGUGACCAUUGCCAUUUAUCAAUUUAAUAAUCCGCAUUAUCAAUUUCCAGGUCCCAGCUGGGUCCAAGCUGCCACCAUGGUGAAAGACGCCACCACCGGUGGUAUAUACAGUGCGACAUAUAGUGGUGUCCCCGUAUACGAGUACCAAUUUGGAGGGGAUACGAAGGAACAUGUUAUGCGCCGCCGACAAGACGACUGGGUCAACGCAACGCAUAUCCUCAAGGCUGCUGGUUUCGAUAAACCUGCACGAACCCGAAUUCUCGAGCGUGAGGUACAGAAGGACGUUCAUGAGAAGAUUCAAGGUGGCUACGGCAAAUACCAGGGCACAUGGAUCCCCUUAGAUGUUGGCGAACAGCUCGCUCACCGUAACAAUGUAUAUGAACGACUUCGACCAAUAUUCGAAUUUACUCCGGGGAAUCAAAGUCCCCCUCCCGCACCCCGCCAUGCGAGCAAGCCCAAGGCUCCCAGAAAGCCUGCUGUUCCGAAAUGGGGCCCUCCUCCACCCCCGGAUGUCGAAAGCGCCAGCCAACAGUUAAACGAGGAUGACACCCCUGAUAAUGCCACUGUCGCUUCCGCCUCGUACAUGGCCGAGGACGAUCACCAUGAUCUGUCGCAUUUCUCCACCGGGCACCGCAAGAGAAAGCGGGACGAACCUGCUCAUGACUAUACAGAGCAGCAUCAUGCUCUUUACAGUGAUGAGCUGUUAGACUACUUUCUUCUAGCUCGCCAAGAUGUGCCGACAUAUCGCCCCGAGCCACCCCCUAACUUCCAGCCUGAUUGGAUGAUCGACAUGGAGAAGCACACUGCCCUCCACUGGGCCAGUGCCAUGGGUGACCUAGAGCUUGUUAAGCAACUGAAGAGAUUCAAUGCCACCUUAGGAGUGCAAAAUUCCAGGGGCGAGACGCCUUUCAUGCGCUCGGUUAACUUCACCAACUGCUUCGAUAAGCAAACAUUCCCUGCCAUCAUGAAGGAGUUAUGGGACACCGUCGAUGCCCGUGAUAAUACAGGCUCUACCGUCAUUCAUCAUGCUGCCAUCAUGAAGAGUGGCCGGAUCACAAGUACAACAAUUUGUCGAUACUAUCUCGACAACAUCUUAAAUAAACUUCUGGAAACUCAUGACCCGAAUUUUGUUCAGCAUCUCAUCGAUGCUCAAGAUCAUGCUGGCAACACGGCACUACAUCUUGCGGCUAAGACAAAUGCUCGCAAGUGUAUACGAGCUCUCCUUGGCCGAGGCGCUUCUACCGACAUCCCCAACGCUGAAGGAAUCCGAGCAGAAGAUCUAAUCAAGGAAUUGAACGCCACUAAGAACCCCAAGGAGCGCGUCCCCCAACGAUCGUCUUCCCCUUUUGCUCCUGAUUCUCAACGGCACGUCUCCUUCCGUGACGCUCUUACGGAGUCCGUCACCAAGCUUGCCGUCACGUAUAACUCCGAAGCAGCAAACACGGUUCAGAAUAAGAUUACGCCACUUGUCCUGGAGAAGUUCGAGGACCUGGCCCAUAGUUACGACGAGGAAUGGAAAGAGAAGAACGAAGCCGAGAUAGCGGCCAGACGUAUUCUUGCAAAUACCCAGAACGAGCUUUCCGUUGUGCGUGCGCAAAUCACGGAACUUGAUGGGCAAUUGGAAUCACCCGAGGCGGCAACCAAAGCGGUCGGCGAUGCUACUGUGCUACAGCACCAGCUGCUUGACAUAUUAGCUAACCAAAGCCAACUCCACGUUCAAGUCUCUGUUGAUAAAAGUCUAUCUAUGAUGAACGGUGACGCCAACGACGAUUCCUACGCGAAUAGGAUCAAGCUCGCCUACGAGUUAUCGGAACUCCUUGCAGAAGAGCGAAGUGCGGAGAAAGAAUAUGUCGAUGCUCUAGGUGCAUCGGGUACCGGGGAAAAGAUCGACAAGUACCGUCGACUUCUAAAGGAUUGUCUAGAUCAGCAAGCAGCCGAGAACUUGGAUUCCAAUUUGGACGACUUGAUCGAAAUGAUGGAAGAGGAGCGAAGUGAGGGCGCGCCAGUGAUGCAUGGUCAAGGAGAGCCUAUGAUGAUAGGUUAGCUUACGGCUGUAUGGUAUGUCCAUUGGAUGUCAUGAUACCCUUUCCCUAUACGUUGAAUGUAUCUUGCAUCGCCUCAUAAAUGCUUGGCGAAUAUCCAUCUUGGAUUCCUGUUCUGGCGGCACUGGCGUUAUGUGGCUGGCGUGCUGGCGUUACGGCAAAUCUUAGAAGCAAAGAGAUAUGUGACUCAUGCCUGACGAGA